AUGAUCGGUGAUGUCAUUUCAGCAACCAAAACGGUAUUCGCAAACAGCCGCAAGAGGCAAACGCGCAAGGGGAUGGACUUUCCCGACGAUUUGGCUGACUCAGUUGCUGACGAGGGAUCGGCAACGAACGAAAUUGAUCGGGGUGAAAGCUUGACUGUAGAGGAAAUGAGCCACUUGAAGGCAACCGAACGUUGGAUUCAAUCUUCAAGCGUCGCAGAGGAAGCAAUAAGAUCAGUGCAAGAAACUUUUGAAGAAAAAGGACCCAUCGACAAGCAGGAAUUUGCUUGGUUUAUGUUGAUGGGUUUAGCUCCACGAGCACGAAUAAUGGGAACGAAUACACAAAAUCUAAUCAUACGGCUGUCAAAAGUCGGUUUCUAUUGGGGUACG